ACAGAGAGAUGCACACAAUCAACGCGACAUUUAUCAUCCAUCACACAUACGGUCCGGUCCGUCUACACCGCACACGAGAGUAGCAAGAGGACUGCCGGGCCGUCGACACGUAGAGAAGGGUCGCGGAAAUAUAAAAUGUAGGCAACGAUCUGCAGACAGACACAGACCAAUCUCAAACAAGGAUCCCCACGACUGUCUCGUCAUGUCUCUUACCUGGCGUGGAUUGGACGUCAUGUCUCUGUGGCCGUGUGGUGGGGAUCGCUGGCAGAUGCGCGCUGGCCUCGUCUAGGGCGUCGUCAGCCUCCUUCCUGCAUAAGCGCUUCGGCCUCUCCAGAAUACAGCCGAAACACCAGAAACGAAUGCUCGGGGGCAGCGUGGAAGGGCGUGUGUGUCAGCUCCCGGUGCUCAGCCUCCUGCUGCGACGCCUUGGUGGGAACGUAAGCGCCGGGAGGCGUCGGGCCGUCUGCAGGUGUGCUGGCUGGGAGGUCGACGGCAUUGGCGAGGUCGAUGAAACGGACCGGCGGCGCAUUGUGGUGGGCUGAUGACUGCGGACAGGUCGACGCGGCGCUCGACUUAGGUUGUGACGAGUCUGAAUAUGAAGACAACACACAACAUGUGCACACAGUGAGCCAAGAAUGCAAUGACACCUCAUUGUCUGUGCGCCUGUGUACAUCUGCCCCGUUGCCCUUGCUGUGCUCACCUCCAUCGAUGGCCGAUCGCUUGAUGAACACGUUGUUGGACCCCACUCCCCUGCAUACAUCAAGGUUGCAUGAUUGAAAUGAUUGAAAACCUGCAGACCGCUCGUGCAUUAUUACUUUUCCGCGGUGUCAAGGAUUCGGCGCGCUUUUUCGUCGGUCUGCGGUAGAAUGAGAAGUCCCUUGAGAGCCAACGGCACGACCCAAUCGCACUAAGCACGAAGCAUGACAAGACAACGACAGAAGAAUAGAGCACGAAUGAAGAAAGAUAAAUUGCUUACAUUCAGGAAGCCAGCGACUUCCUUCUCAGCCACGGUUGCGACAUCUCUUGUCAUCAGCUUGUUCAGCUCGUCAAUCAGCAGCACACAACCCUCGUCCGCCAACCACUCGUCCACAACGCUCGCCGACACAUCAACUCUUGCAGUCCACUCGGAGAAGUUCUUGACGAGCUGUCGCGAUGACUCAAUAUGGCCAGCAGAAGGUAUGUCUGGCACUUGCUGUGUCCCCACUUUGCUUGUUCCUCUGGCUCACCCAUCGCCAGACGGGCCCGAUCGCCGCACAACAGAUUGACUCGCGAAGAGCCACUUGGUGGGCCCGGACGACCAGCCGCAUCAUCUCCGCCCGCUCCGCCUCCAGUCUCAUCUCCCUCUCCAUGGACUUGUCGGCCGAAAGCAGCCAUAUCUUGACGGCGAGGUAGCGGCCGUUGAGCAAACCGCCCCGCACGGUCGCCCGUGUCCCAUCUCCCAGCUUGUGGGGCAGCUCCAACUCGCCUUCAUCGAGAAUGACGGCAGCACGAACAGCUGCCGUGGACGUGCAGGCAUUCAU